GGGAUUUGCAAUCUUCGUACCACUAACUUUGGACCUGGAUCAAGCACUCAUGUCAGUUGCUGUCUCAGCACCAGGGAAGGUCCUCCUCGUGGGAGGUUACCUUGUCCUUGACAAGAGUUACUCUGGCCUAGUAUUCGGGCUAAGUGCCAGAAUUCAUACGAUCUCUACGAUCUCAACUUCGGAAACUGGGGCAAUAGUCGUUAGGUCCCCUCAAUUUUCGAAUGCAACAUGGACAUACACACUGUCCUCCUCCGAGAAUGGGGUAUCUGUGAAGCAUGUUACGGACAAAAGUUCUUCAAACAACACCUUCGUCGAGACCACCAUCCGCUACGUGCUCUCAUACCUCUCCUUGCCCAAGAUACCCAGCAGCGAAAUCACAAUCCUAGCGGAUAACGAUUACUACUCCCAGCCAACCUCUGCCGUUCCGCUCCAGCGUUUCAGCAAUCAGAACGUCCCACUCUCCUCCGCCCACAAAACAGGUCUCGGCUCUUCUGCAGCGCUAGUCACUUCCCUAACAACCUGUCUCCUUCAAACGUAUUCUCCCGCACCCCUCCAACUCUCCACCCCCUCCUACUUGACAAAAAUUCACAACCUCUCACAAGUAGCCCACUGCGUAGCCCAAGGCAAAGUUGGGAGCGGUUUCGACGUAGCAGCAGCAGUCUUCGGCUCAUGUGUAUACCGCCGCUUCUCCCCGUCGAUUCUACAAGCGCUCCCGGAAGCAAACACACCCAGGUUCUCCCAAGAACUGAGAGAAGCUGUGGAUCUGAGCUGGGAUGUAGGGAUUGAGAAGACUAAGAUCCCAAAGGGCGUGAGGGUAGUUAUGGGAGAUGUUGACUGUGGAAGCUCUACUCCUGGAAUGGUCAAGAGGGUGCUCGCCUGGCGGGAGAGUGAGAAGGAGGCUGCGGGGGAGCAAUGGGAUGAGCUCGAGAGGGUAAAUCGUGGACUUAUUGACCUGCUUGGGCAACUGAGCGAAAGCAGUCACGAUGAUGUCAGAAAGCAGAUCCUAGAUAUCAGGAAGAAUAUCCGUGCCAUGGGAGUGGCAGCGGGCGUGCCCAUUGAACCGGAAGAGCAGACGAAGCUACUGGACGCAGUCUCUACGGGAGUCCCCGGGGUGCUUGGAGGCGUGGUUCCUGGUGCUGGCGGAUAUGAUGCCGUUGCUUUCAUAAUCAAGGAUGAUGAGGAGACAGUUACAGCCUUGAAGGAAUUUCUAGCAAAAUGGGAUGAUGGGAAAGUCAAGGCCCUCGAAACGAGGGAGGAGCAGGAGGGCGUUAGGGUGGAGCAGAUGAAACAGUACGAGGGGUUUGGGAACUACUUGAAGCUGUCUUAAUCAGCAAUCCUGGUAGCCGCAGAAGAAAUUUGUUAGAUAAUAUGAUAGCCCCCAGCAAGUGCCCAAGAAA